AUGCGCGCCCAGGUGACCAUGCCUGUUCGCGUGCUAGCUAUGACGUGCCUGGUGGCCGGUUGCCUGGCUCUGGACACGGUCCAAUACGGUGCCUUUCUGCCCACGGCGACGUACUCGGUGGCCAACCAGCUGGGCUUCUUCGAGGCCUUUGGCCUGGACGUGGUCUACAACCUCGUUCCCAACAGCGUCUCGGCCUUCAACUCGCUCCUGGAUGGCGACUAUGACAUCCUCACCGCCACCGUCGACAAUGCGCUCAACUACCGCUUCAACAAGGCCGAGAACGUCACCGUGCUAGGCCAGCUAGACCAGGGCCCCGACCUGGUCGUGGCCUCGAUCCCAUCCAUCACCGCCUUCUCCCAGCUCAAGGGCAAGCCCAUCAUGGUCGACUCGCCCACCAGCGGGUAUGCCUACCUGCUGCAGGACGUCCUGUCGGCCAACGGGCUGGAGCUGGCCAACGGGGACUACUACUUUAUGACGGUCGGCGGCACGGCCACGCGGUAUGCCGCCCUCACGUCGGGCGCCCUGGCCAACGGCUCGGCUGCCUAUGCGACCAUCCUCAACUACCCCUUCACGGUCGAGGGUGCGGCGUUGGCGGCGGCUGAGGCGCCGACCGUCCUGGCCCGCGUCUCGGACCUGGUGGCGCCUAUCACGUCGAGCGCCUUCACGGUCAGCGAGACGGCCCUGGCUAGCAGCGCUACUGCCUCGCUGCUGACCAGCUUCCUGGCCGCCAUGCAUGGCGCCAAUCGCUUCCUGCUCGACAGCGCCAACCAGGACUGCAGCAUCGCCGCCAUCGCCGCCCAGGUCGGCAUCACCUCCGCUGUCGCCGCGUCCGAGUACUCAUCCGCCGUCAACACCGUCUCGGGCGAGAUCGCCUCCGGUGGCAACUUCACCGUCAGCCACGACGGCAUCACCAACGACAUCGACGUCCGCACCAAGUUUGGCGGCUUCGCCGGCCUCGCCGCCGACUUUGACUGGUCCGCCGCCCUCCAGCCAGGCUCUGGCCAGCUGAUCGAUUAUGCCGUUCGCGACGCCGCCAUCCGCCUCUUCAACGAGCAACCCUACGCGGGCAACUGCUCCCAGUCAGCCAAGGUCGAGGCGGAAGACGCCCGUAAAGGCGACGGUGGAGCGGAGGACUUCCAUCGUCCGGCCGCAACGCUGGCCGACUAUCAACGCGAGGUCCUGCGACGAGGUUUCCGCGAUGCUCUCGCCCUCGGCCAAGUCCGUCCUCUGCUGCUGCCGUGGUGCAUUGUGCCGUCCUUUGUUCUGCCGGCGCUAUAUCUGGCGCUGCCCCAGCAAUACGGCCUUCAAGCAGCCCGCAUCCCCCUGGCCGUGGCCAUCGUGGCACUCAACGUGAGCAUGCUGCCAUCGCCGUGGUGGCCGCCCGUGUCCAGCCUCAACUUUGCUAGCGCAUACGGUGCCGGUCUGCUCGCCGCCUGGGGCUCUCUCUGGACCCUGACAGUGCUCGUCUGGACAAAUCCGCAGCGGGAUGCCGAACGCGUCGAGAGGAGGCCGGCCUUGAAACUGGAGCGCAACGACAUCAAUGACAUCAAUGACGUCAUGGCUCUGGAUGCCAGCAUCGCCCAGAGCCUCCAAGAUGGUUCCGCCUACUUCUGGCAGUCCUUCCCGGCCGACCACUCCUUUCUCACUCGGCUCGACUGGACCCUGGACCUUGUUAUGGCUUGGCGAGGAACUGGCUGGAAUUGGUGCAUCUCCCAACUGCCACGCUUCAGACCUCCUCGACAUGCUCACUCUGCCGAGUCUGUCGAGCUCGACUCCAUGGCCAUCCGGAGUGCUGCCGGCUUCCGACGCCACCGCAGCUAUGCCGCCUUUGUCUCUUCUCGCCUGCUGGCCGUUGUCGCCGGCUAUCUUGUGCUGGAUAUCGCCGCCGUCGUCAUGACGCUGGAUCCCUUCUUCGUCUUCGGCUCGCUGCCCGAGCACCUCGCCCCAGACCUGCUCCACCUGCUCCAGUUGCCCCCCGUCUUGGCCUUUGUUUAUCGUUACCCCGCCCUGCUGUCGCUUUACCGCGCCUUCCUCUGCCUCGCUGGUGUCGUCGCCGGCCUGUACAUGUACCUCUCCAUCAGCCAUCUGGCACUCGUCCUCCUUCUGGGCCGUCGUGGACCGCUGCAUUGGCUCACCGGCUCCAGCACCACGCGCGCCGAGCUGUGGCACUACCCGUCCAUCUUCGGCAGCUUCAACCAGCUGCUUGACCAUGGCCUCGCUGGCUUCUGGGGCGGCUUCUGGCACCAGACCUUUCGUGUCGCCUUUGUCGCACCCACUGCUUGGCUCGUCCGUCUCGCUCUCUUGUCACCUCCCAGAGCCAGAAACGCAGACAUCAAGACUGGCUCUACACAUCCCGUUGGCCUCGUCAUCGCCUUCUUGCAGUCCGGCUUCUUGCACGCCGCCGGCAGUUCCACCAGUGCUGGCCGUGCUCGCUCGCUCUGGUGGCAGCAACCCCUCUUCUUCGCCCUCGCCGGCGCCGGCAUCGCUGUCUAG